AAAAACUGCAUGUUACUUGCUUUAGAUAACCGUUGUGAAACUAAUGGUCAAAAGGGGUGAGUGGCAGAAAAUUUUGAUAUGGAAGAAGCCAUCAUAUUGAGCAGAGAGCCUCUCCUUGCUCAACAAGAAGAAACCCCAUCUUCUCUAAUCAAUCAUUUGUAUAUUGGUCACUUCUUAGCUAGAUGGGGUGCCAGGAUGUGGGAAUUCUCUGUUGGUUUGUAUAUGAUCAACAUUUGGCCAGAUUCGUUGCUGUUUGCAGCAAUAUAUGGUUCCAUUGAAUCUGCCUCCGUUGCAGUGUUUGGUCCCAUAGUUGGAAGAUGGGUUGAUAAGUUGUCUUAUGUGAAGGUUUUGCAAUUGUGGUUGGUGACACAAAAUCUCUCUUUCGUCAUUGCUGGGGCCGGUGUAAUUGCUUUACUUGUAAACUCAUCUUUGAAGCUUACAAAUUUCUCAGCUUUCAUAUUGCUGGUGUUGGCAAUCAAUAUCUGUGGUGGCAUUGGUGUACUUUCAACUCUUGCCGGUACAAUCUUGAUUGAAAGAGAAUGGUUGUUGGUUAUAUCUGAAGGCCAACCUCCAGAAUUGCUUACAAAGAUGAAUUCAGUAACGAGACGCAUUGAUCUAACCUGCAAGCUUCUUGCUCCUGUUGUUACUGGAUUCAUAAUAAGCUUUGUAUCACUGAAAGCAUCUGCUAUAACUUUAGCAGUGUGGAAUACUGUGUCUGUUUGGGUGGAGUAUUGGCUUUUCACAUCUGUGUAUAAUGGGAUACCAGCUUUGGCCCAAAGUAGCCAAAGGAGGAUGGCAAGACUUUCACAAUGUGAUCAGCAAAUGAACAAUCCAACUUUGGAGGAAGAUAGCUUGCUUCCUGUUACUGAUGGUAGCUCAAAAUUGGCAGAUAGAAAAUGGAGUAAAAAAAUUUCUGAGAUGAUUUCAGAGAUUCCUUAUAUUGCUGAAUGGAAAGUUUAUUUACAGCAAGAAGUUGCGCUUCCUGGACUUGCUCUGGCUUUGCUAUUUUUCACUGUACUCAGCUUUGGAACUUUGAUGACAGCCACCUUAGAAUGGGAAGGAAUACCUGCAUAUAUUAUUGGAAUAGCAAGAGGAAUAAGUGCAGUGAUUGGAAUAGCUGCAACAGUUGUAUAUCCUGUGCUACAUUCUCAUAUAUCAUCUAUUAGAACUGGACUUUGGUCUAUAUGGUCUCAGUGGACUUGCCUCCUUCCAUGUGUAGCUGCAAUAUGGAUUCAAAAUAGUUUUCUGUCAUCAUAUAUUCUGAUGGGAAGUGUAGCCAUAUCUCGUCUUGGACUGUGGAUGUUUGACUUGUCUGUACUUCAACAAAUGCAGGAUCUUGUUCCUGAAUCUGAUCGUUUGAUUGUUGGGGGUGUUCAGAACUCACUUCAAUCAUUGAUGGAUUUAUUGGCCUAUGUUAUGGGAAUCAUAAUAUCUGAUCCACGGGACUUCUGGAAGUUGACUUUGUUAUCAGUUCUGGCAGUCACACUAGCUGCAUUCCUCUACAGCAUCCAUGUAUAUAAUGUGCGGAAGCACAUCUUUCACUUUGAGCGUCUUAAGUGGGAUGAAUGUUUUUUAAGAUUAAGAGCAUCUUAAGUUCUAAGAAAAAGUUUUGUACCGUUUAUAUAUAUAUAUUGGUUAUGGAGUGAUAGUGUUUGGUCUAAUGGCUGGAAUUGUCAACAAUCAUCCUUCUUUUAAGAGCAUUAAUUCUUC